AUGGGGAGAGAUGGAGGAGUAAGGCUCGAAAUUGCAGUGGUUUCAGGGAUGAGAGAUGAUGCUUGCUCUCUGGAUGUGUGGUUAUGGAAAAAGAGGAAGAAGAUGGAAGAACAAAACAUGAAAUUGAAGGAUUCUAGAGGGGAUGCUUGCCUUCGAUCGGUUUGUUGUGUCUUUGUUGGGAAGAAAGUGCUUCCUUUUAUAGGUGUUGGAAACCUUAAUUUUGUCAAGCCUCCCUCCCCAUUUUCUUCACUUUCUUCCAUUUAA